GUCUCCCUCCUCUCGCCAUCAUCAAUAGCUAGAGUACUAGUAGCUCAUCAUCAUCACCGAACAACUCCCCGAACAUGCCUGCAAGCUUUGGAAGGACAUCAACAAACUCAUUUUUCUUUGGGUCUGCUCCCUCAUCAACAAUCAAGCUACUCGGGUACCAGUACUAGUAGACGACCAAUACACCAGCACAACCAUGUCAACUACCAAUCCCAUGGCAUCAUUUCUCAAGCAGCUACGGCUGGACAUGUCAGAAAGAAGCGGUAUCGAAAUCACAAACGUGAUUGUAGAGGCAGAUGAAGCACCCAUGUUGCCAGCCUCGUUCGCUCAAAGCGUUUCCUUCGACCCUGAUUGCAGCUGCGACUUUGAUGCCAGCUUUCGUGAAGAACGAUGGGAUUCAUUUGGAAACCACCAGCAAAAUGAUCCACCCAGGCGACGUUGCGGUCGGCAUGAAUCGAGCUGCUUGCCGGUGGAAGAGUCACAGCCAUCAUCACCGAAAAGACAAGAGAGCGUCCCUCGAGCGCCUCAGCGCAAGGAGAGUUUUGAGCUUUGCUGGGAAACACAACCUUCGCCCCGCAAGGGCGGAAACAACAGCAGUGGAAGCAUCGAAUCUUCCUUCCUCGAGAAGUGUGUCUUUGCACCCCCUUCGAGGACGAUUGUUGACCGGGCAAUGGCAAGAACGCAAUACUGACAUGCUGACUAUCGAUAUCUCUGGUCAACGAUGCAGUGGUGCAUGUAUGAAGUACAAUGUCUUGCUUUCGUCUGUGUACAGCAGCUAAAAACUGUUUGGGGGGGAGAUGCCGAAGAUACUAAUAAUAGUUGUAAUAUUAGCAAAUAUUAUGUGUC